AUGGACACGGCCUGCUGGAGUGCCCCCGGCCCCGAGCUCUUCGUGGCCUAUUCGGAUCCGCUGCAGAUUGAGAUUCUCGAUUUUUACACCUCGGAUCGAGAGACGUUCGUUGCAGAGUUUACAACCGCACAAGACGUUGAAAACCACCUUUUGCUCACGGAGGCACCAAGGACUAGGGUUAUUUCCAUCUCGCAAGCCAACCGGUCUUUGCCCCUCGGAGUCACAGAGGAGUUGAUGCGCAAGAUUCUGGUGUUCUACCGAGUAACUCCGGAUUUCCUUGAGUAUCUCCUGGCGUACCGGGAGAAAGAUCUACCCUCGGAAGCCGCGGGAGCUAGCAUACCGGUGCAAUGA